AUGCUGAGAAAACCAACCGAUACGGCACUGACAUAUAAUGCAACCUACGAUGACCUCACGCGGCCUCAAGCUGGUCCAGCGAACCCAUUCAAGACUGAAAACUCUGGAGUUAAGAGAAAAAAUGUAUUGACCGGAUACGCUGAAGAAGCCGCAAUAAGCGAGGCAACCUUCGUCACCCAACAGCGCACUUUCCAGAGCUUAGGCUACACCAAGGAUCCAACCCAACCAGGGGCCUUUGUAGGAAACAUGGAACAGGUGGCUCGCUAUGGGGGAAAGGAUGUGGUGCAGAUGCGACCGUCCAAGGAGGAGAGUGCAGCUAUACGGCGAAAACGGCAGAAAAAGGGCGAUUCGAGCAUUGUUGAAGGCGAAGGGGCGUAUCUAGGUCCUUGGGCAAAAUAUGAAGCCGAUGAGCUAGCUGACAGGGAAGCCGAGGCUCUGGCGGAACUGGGCAGCGAUGAAGAAUAUAUCGAAGAGGGAAUCGUUCCGUCCAUGCCGGCAAUGGAUAAAAAGGCUACAGCUUACCAAGAAGAUUUGUCCCGCACGGAAACAACAGAGUUCCACGGCACAGAAGAGCGCGACUACCAGGGCAGAACAUAUAUGCAUGUACCACAAGAUCUGGACAUCGACCUCAAGAAGGAGCCAGGAAGUGUGAAGAACUACAUACCAAAGAAGCUGAUUCACACCUGGAAAUCGCACACGAAGCCCAUCACCUCAUUGCGCUUCUUCCCUGGUUCUGGUCAUCUUCUGCUUUCAUCUUCGGCGGACUCGAAAGUAAAGUUAUGGGAUGUAUAUCAUUCACGAGAGCUUCUCCGGACAUACUCCGGACAUGCAAAUUCAGUAUCGGACACCACUUUUGAUCCAACUGGAGCCACUUUCCUUUCUGCCUCAUAUGACAGACAAAUCAAACUCUGGGACACAGAAUACGGGAAAUGCAUCCAGCGCUUCUCUACUGGAAAAACCCCUCAUGUUGUCCGAUUUAACCCUGACCCUGACAAUUCCCACGAGUUUCUUGCAGGCAUGUCUGACAAGAAAAUCAUUCAAUUUGAUAUCCGUUCCGGUGCUAUUACCCAAGAAUACGACCACCAUCUUGACGCUGUCAACACAAUCACCUUUGUUGAUAACAACCGCCGUUUCAUCUCCACCUCCGACGAUAAAUCGCUUCGUGCUUGGGAGUACAACAUCCCAGUACCUAUCAAAUUCAUUGCUGAACCACAUCUCUAUGCCCUUGUCCGUGCUGCUCCACACCCUAACGGCAAGUACGUUGCUUUCCAGUCCGGAGAUAAUAGUAUCGUCGUCUACGGAGCAACGGAUAAAUUCCGUCAAAACAGGAAGAAAUUAUUCCGAGGACAUAAUAACGCAGGUUAUGCGAUUGAUGUUUCAAUCAGUCCUGAUGGCCAGUUUGUCACAUCUGGUGACAGUGGUGGAUAUGUUUGCUUUUGGGACUGGAAGACGGGCAAGAUGUGGCACAAGAUUGAAGCGGGAGGAAAGGAAGGUUCUGCGAUUACAUGUGUAGACUGGCAUCCUCAAGAGACUAGUAAAGUGGCCACGGCUGGGUUGGAGGGAGUUAUCAAGUACUGGGAUUAG